CGCGUUGGUCGAGAGGCACAGAUCAGGUGAAGACAUCUCACAGAAAAAAAUAACAGUUCUUGCAAAAUGAAGGUUUUCUUAGCUCUGUGUUUGCUGGCUGUGGUGGCCGCGGUCAUCGCUGCUCCUAGUGGCCCGGCUGUGUUAGUGCCCCACGUGUCCCCAAUUGCCCACAACGAGUCUAGCGUCACUUCCUCAGCACACGACUCGGAGGACCAUGAAGAACCUGCCUCCACAGAAGAGGACGAACACGUCUCCGGAGGUUCUCGUCACACAGUCGUCGGUAGUGUUGCAUCGAGUCCCAGCCGUGGAGUUUUCGGAAGUCGACCCACCAGAACUGUUACUCUGGAGGAUAACCACCCCGUUGCUGGCGGCCCGGCUGUGUUAGUGCCCCACGUGUCCCCAAUUGCCCACAACGAGUCAAGCAUCACAACCUCAGCACACGACUCGGAGGACCAUGAAGAACCUGCCUCCACAGACGAGGACGAACACGUCUUCGGAGGUUCUCGUCACACAGUUGUCGGUAGUGUUGCAUCGAGUCCCGUUCGUGGAGUUUUCGGAAGUCGACCCACCAGAACUGUUACUCUGGAGGCUAACCGCCCCGUUGCUGGCGGCCCGGCUGUGUUAGUGCCCCACGUGUCCCCAAUUGCCCACAACGAGUCAAGCGUCACAGCCUCAGCACACGACUCGGAGGACCAUGAAGAACCUGCCUCCACAGACGAGGACGAACACGUCUUCGGAGGUUCUCGUCACACAGUUGUCGGUAGUGUUGCAUCGAGUCCCGUUCGUGGAGUUUUCGGAAGUCGACCCACCAGAACUGUUACUCUGGAGGCUAACCGCCCCGUUGCUGGCGGCCCGGCUGUGUUAGUGCCCCACGUGUCCCCAAUUGCCCACAACGAGUCAAGCGUCACUGCCUCAGCACACGACUCGGAGGACCAUGAAGAACCUGCCUCCACAGAAGAGGACGAACACGUCUCCGGAGGUUCUCGUCACACAGUCGUCGGCAGUGUUGCAUCGAGUCCCAUCCGUGGAGUUUUCGGAAGUCGACCCACCAGAACUGUUACUCUGGAGGCUAACCGCCCCGUUGCUGGCGGCCCGGCUGUGUUAGUGCCCCACGUGUCCCCAAUUGCCCACAACGAGUCAAGCGUCACUGCCUCAGCACACGACUCGGAGGACCAUGAAGAACCUGCCUCCACAGAAGAGGACGAACACGUCUCCGGAGGUUCUCGUCACACAGUCGUCGGCAGUGUUGCAUCGAGUCCCAUCCGUGGAGUUUUCGGAAGUCGACCCACCAGGUCUGUUACUCUGGAGGCUAACCACCCCGUUGCAGGACACGCCGCCAGCAGCUCCCACGACGAGACCACCAGCAGCAGCGCCAUCUUGCGGCCACACAGGCAGGAGACCACCACUCGUCGGGGAAUCCCUAUUCCUGUCAUUCUCGGUGAAGACGGCAAACCCAUCGCUCAGGCACAGGUCGGACAUCCAUCUCUAACCGCUGUGGCCCGCGGAAACGCCCACGACACCGAGGCAGUCACUGAGCAUAAUGAGGAGGCACGCGAAUCGUCCGAGGAUGAGGAUUCAGAACAUAACUCUCAGGUCAGUCACAAUUAAAAACUGCUUCGUCACUUGACCCAGCUUGACCUCCUGCGACCCUUACAGGGCAUUGCCACGAGAGUGCCCUGAGCGCUUUGCUCACCACCGCUGCAUUUCAAAACAAAAAAAAAAUGUAUAAACAAUAGUUGAGCUAUAAUCUGUUCUUGUUUUUGUUAACUUAUAAUUGUGUUUGUCGUUUAAAGGAAUACACUGUUACAUUAUAAUACCUCUGAGAAAAAAUGUGUUCGUGUGAACAAAGCUCAAAGGGUUCGAACACGACUGGCUUGUGAAUGAACUGCUUCGCUUCGUUCACUCGAACACUUUUCCAGAGAAAGUCCUCACCUGUGUGUUGUCUGUGUUAAAACAAUAUUUCAUUUCAUAUGUGGAAUGUUCCCACCUAGAUCUGUCUGUUUUCUUUUAUUUGUGUAUUUCCUUUGUAUUAAAUUUUCACGGUUACUCGUGAUUAAUUAAUAAUAAGCAGCUCUUUGAUCAUUGUGUAUCUUGGACUGUUCAUUUAAUUGGUUGAUUAAUUCUGUAAAAAAAAAUCUAAAUAAAGACUAGAUAUGUA